AUGCCAGACGACGCCAGAAGGGAGGAUGGAUUAUUCAUGGUUCUUUGCAGCUGGACACAGGUAGCUGAAUUUGUGGGCUCUCGUCAUGCUGAUCAAUGCGCCAAACGAUGGCGACACGCGCUUGAUCCCGACGUCAAUCACAGUCCGUGGACGGAAGGCGAGGACAGAAAGCUGAUCGAGGCCGUAAAGAAAGACGGUCACAACUGGAGCAAGAUUUGCAGCACGGUAUUCCCGGAUCGAUCAACAACGGACAUUAAGAAUCGCUACGUCAUCCUCAACCGGAGACAACGGGGACUAUCUCAGGAUCGAACAUCUCCCUUCACAACUGAUAAUGCAACCGAUAAUGACAAUUCUUCGGAACUGGACUGCUCAGAAGAGCCUGAUCCUCAACCACGACAACAGGAUAGUGAUCCGGACGACACACAUCUACACGAGACGUUGGCAAACGACAUGAUAAUGACACCGGAUCUGCCGCCAAUCUCGUCCCAGUCUGAGGGAAACGAUACAAAUCUUACAUCUUCGGUGGAGUUUCUUACAGCUGCUUCUUCGCUGGACGGAAAUAAUAAUAAUAAUCAUAAUCAUAAUCCCAAUAAUAAUAACCAUCAUCAUCAUCAAGAGUCGACAAUGUUCUGGGCUCCCAGUCUGCUAGCCACAACAACAGCAGAGACCAUCGACAAGAACGCCCUCGUAAGCGAAGAGAUGGACCCCAAUGCCGUCACCGGUGGGACAGGGACAUAUCCCAUGGCCGAUGACGACGCCUCGAUCCUGCCUCCAAACUCUGAGCUUGCAGACACAACAACUUCCUCUCUGAGCACGAGCACGUUGAUCCUGGAGGAGGUGCAGCCGGACACAGUAAACCUUGUCCUCAAUACUUUGCUGACCAACAACACGCGGUUUCGGAUGCGGCUGUACAACCCUGGGCCAGUAUAG